CUCAAUGAUACAGCACCACUGUGGCUCCUCCCCCCGGCGGGGCUCACGUACAAUUUCAAACAUCACACCACUGCUUUAGCCCCGCCCUCCUGUCAGCCUCAUAGAAAAUGGUCGGAUGUGACUCGAACCUCAUAAUAUUUUUCAUGCACUCUCCUUUUUACGCACAGCCGCUGCGUGACUCUGCUGAUCCGCAGCCUUUUUACGCACAGAUCCAACAACAGUGUGAACUCUCCCACAACCUGUGUCCACAGCUGACUUUUCUUUUGCUGUCAAAUAAGGACACAAAUAGGAGGACAGGACAUGUUUGGGAUGUGGAGGGGACUCGCCGGCCUGUCAACAUGUUGGUGUCUGCUGAUGCUCAUUCACUGGUCGCCUCAAGCAGAUGCAGCAUACACAUGCAGCUCCAGUCAGUUUAAGUGUGGAAACGGGAGGUGUAUCACCAGCAACUGGAUUUGUGAUGGGACGGACGAUUGUGGUGAUGGAACAGAUGAAUUACCUGCAAGCUGUGCGGUUAAAACCUGUCCGCCAACAAAGUUCAACUGUGGACCUCCCAUGAACCAGUGUAUACCAAAAGGCUGGCACUGUGAUGGCAAAGCUGAAUGCAACAACGGGGCUGAUGAGAGAAACUGCACGGCCAAACAAUGCAGGACUGACGAGUUUCGUUGCGCCAACGGCCAGUGUAUAUCCAGAACCUUUGUUUGUGACAGCGACAACGACUGUUCAGACGGCUCAGAUGAGGCUUCCUGCCCCAAACCCACCUGCAGCUCUCGUGCCUUCCAGUGCAACAACUCCAUGUGCGUGCCGGCUCUCUGGCGCUGUGACGGAGACCAAGACUGUGCCGACGGGUCUGACGAAUGGCCGCAGAACUGUGCUGGACAUCAGCCGGAGAAGAAGGCGGUGUCCUGCGGCGCCCAUGAAUUCCAGUGUGCAAAUGGAGAGUGUAUCCACGGCAGCUGGCACUGCGAUGGAGGCAUGGACUGCCUGGAUCGAUCCGACGAGGUCAACUGCAGUCGUGCUACUUGUCGCCCAGAUGAGUUCCAGUGUAAUGAUGGUACCUGUAUCCACGGCAGCUUCCAGUGUGACAAAAAGCACGACUGCAGGGAUCUCAGUGAUGAGAUUGGCUGCCACAAAGAAAAUGUUUGUGAAGGUCCUACUAUGUUCAAGUGUCGCAGCGGGGAGUGUAUCAGCAUGGAGAAGGUGUGCAACAAUCAGAGAGACUGCAAUGACUGGUCAGAUGAACCUGUCAAGGAGUGCAACACCAAUGAGUGUUUGACCAGAAAUGGCGGCUGCUCCCAUUACUGCAACGAUCUGAAGGUUGGCUACAACUGUUCCUGCCCUGCUGGAUACAGCCUGAAGAUGGACAAGAAAACCUGUGGAGACAUUGAUGAAUGUGCUGAGCCGGACAUUUGCAGUCAGAUCUGCCUCAACCUGCCGGGCAGCUACAAGUGUGCUUGUGAGAAGGGUUACGAGAUCGACCCUGUGACCAAGACAUGCAGAGCUGAAUCAGGCACUGUGCCCACCCUGUACUUCACAAACAAGCACGAGGUGAGGAAGAUGACGGUGGACCGCAGCGAGUACGUCCGUCUGAUCCCCCAGCUGAAGAAUGCGGUAGCUCUGGACAUGGACAUGCCUAACAAGAUGCUCUUCUGGUCGGACCUUUCCCUGAAGAAAAUCUACAGCUCCAAGAUAGACGUGGCUCAUAACUCCUCUCACCAUACUGUAGUAGUUGGCAGCAGGAUUGAGGCCCCGGAGGGUAUUGCGGUUGACUGGAUCCAUGGCAACAUCUACUGGACUGACAGUGUUUUGAAGACUAUCUCUGUGGCAACGACAGAUGGCGGUAAGAGGAAGACCCUCAUCACAGAAAACCUGGAGAAGCCGAGAGCCAUCGCAGUGGACCCAGUAAAAAACUUCAUGUACUGGACAGACUGGGGCGAGGAGGCUAAGAUAGAGAAGAGCGGUUUGAAUGGAGCUGACCGCGUUGCCUUGGUAACAGACAACAUUGUGUGGCCCAGUGGCAUCACCCUCGACAUGGUCAACCAGCGUCUGUACUGGGUGGACUCCAAGAUGCACACUCUCUCCAGUAUUGACGUGAAUGGAGGGACAAGACAUACUCUCAUUUUCAGCGAGGAAAAGCUCUCCCACCCCAUGUCUCUGGCUGUCUUUGAGGAGAAAGUGUUUUGGACGGACAUAAGCAACAGUGCUGUCUUCACUGCCAACCGUCUGACUGGAAAAGACAUCACCGAGCUGGCAGGAGACCUGGACCAGCCAGAGGACAUCGUACUGUACCACAACCUCAAGCAACCAAUCGGUACGAACUGGUGCAGUAAGAGCAACGGUAUGAAUGGAGGUUGUGAGUUUAUGUGCCUCCCUGCCCCUCUGAUCAACCAGCACUCUCCUAAAUACACUUGUGCCUGUCCUGACCACAUGACCAUGGGACCUGACAUGAGGAAAUGUGUGACAAGCCCAGUUGCCCCUCCUGCUAAAAACAAAACUGGUACAACCCUCCCGCCAAAGGCUCCCAACAAGCCUACCACACCCAGUCAGCCUACCACUACGACGACAACUACUGCAACUACAACCACCACCACCACCAGAGCUACCAAAAGGCCCACAACUACCUCAGCUAUUUUGCCGCAGGAGCCAAAAGUCUCCUCCACGCAGAGCACACAAGAACCUGCUGCUACUGGUCAAGCUAACAACAGGUACGCAGCCAUGCCCGCAGAAGCCGAGUCGUCCCACUCUAUCGCUCUCUACAUCGUGCUGCCGAUAAUGGUCAUGUCCCUGCUGGUGUUUGGAGCAGUGUUGCUGUGGAGACACUGGCGUCUGAAGAACACCAACACCAUCCACUUUGACAACCCCGUGUAUCAGAAAACCACUGAGGAUGAGGUGCACAUCUGCAGGAACAGCUCUGACGGCUAUGUUUACCCUCAGAGGCAAAUGCUGAGCAUGGAUGACGUGGAUGUCGCAUGACCCAAAGAUGAAGAAGGCGUUAGUUUUAUUUGAAGUGAUUUUUUUUCUCUGAUGUAAAGGUGAAGCAACAAAAGCCAUUUUUUUCUACUGCUGCUGCUUAUAACAGCCCCUUACCUCCCUGGUGACCUCAUUUUGUGGCUUAUGUUUCUGACCUCAGCAGUGUGCCGUCCAAGUCUAAAGGGAGAACUGAAAAAAAAAAAGAAAUAGAAAUGAAGACAUAGUAGAGCAUAACUGCAGGAAGCCACAAAAUGGUUUCAGAAGAUGACGUUCUUAAUCCCAGAGCUUUGAUUCUUUUGAAGCCGAACCUGAAAAUUGUCUAUCUCAGCAUUCUGUCAUUUUGAAAGAUGCAGAUGCUUUCUUACUUUGUCAUUACCUAAAGAAAUGUAACAAGUCUCAUUUGCAAGUUAAACUUGAAAAGCCUGAUCUGUGCCUUCCACCCACACACUGGUAGUUUAGUUAAGUUUUUCGGGUGUACGAACAUGCCUUACUGACCUUCCAAACCAGUUUCUGUGGUAUUUAAUGCCAGAUAGUGCUUUAGCCCUCAGCGGGAUGGCCUUCAUAAUUACUCUGUGGCUUUUCUCUUCUCUUGGGUAUAGAGUUUUGUUGGCUCUCAUAUCAGAGGCAUUUUUUUUCACUAUUAUCAUCCAUUAUAGUUUGGCUCAAACUUAAGUCACAUGUUAAUCACUACCAUCAUUUUUUUCCCCUUUUGUGACCUAUCUAUAAAUAAGGUUUCAGAGUAUGGAAGUCACAGAUGGUUUACAUUGUGAAUAGAAAAGCUGCUGAAUUUUCUGAAGUUAACCAAAAUGAAGAAUAUGUUCAUUUGUAAAUGAACAAAGAAGUAAAAAGUGAUUGUAAGUGAUUGCUUAUCAUAACACUGUAAAUAGUCUGUGUACAUAUUUUGUAAAACACUCUUAAGUUCACUUUGGUGUUGCCUUUUUACAACUGUAAAUUUUAAUCAAGAAAUAUUGUAAAUAUAUAAGAGAUUCUUUAAUUUAUUUAUGGAAAUAUACAAGAGGUUUUAAGAUUGUUGACAUCUGGCUGUAAAUACAGUAAUACUAUAUAUCGGCACCAACCACGGUGAAUUGUUUUUGUUCCAGCCAGGCCAGUCUAACCUUUACAUUGUACAGCUGUUAUUUAACACGUUCAAUCAAACCUUUGAACACCUGCUCAGCUCUGUGUGUACGACAGACAUCCUGUCUGAGUCAACAGUGUGCUUCAUGUUACAGAGAAGCGCUGAAGAAAGUCUCUUUGUUCUUCACACCGAUUUUUGUUUCCUUUUCAGUGCUAAUUUACAUAAUUUAUUUUGCUUCUGCCUUUUUUAUUAGUAUGAUGUUUUGUUUUUAUUGUAACAUUAAGGCACAUACUGUAAUGUGCAAAGUACGAUGUUCUCCGCCACAAAGGAAUGUAUGUACACAUCUGUAGGACUGACGCACAGCAGCCUGUUUGUUAAUGCACAUUGUUCAUUUUUGGUUGUUUUGGUCUUUUUUUAAAUAAAAAAAAUAGGUUUACAA